GUGGGAGGGGGCAGUUCAGUAGGUUUAUUAUUAUAUGGUAUAGGAAUAUGGUAGACCUACCAAUGUGCCUUGUAUAAAGAUUCUGAUGUAAGUCAUAAAGACACACCUGCGUCAGGUACAGACUUAAUCAAACGUUUGUGUCGACCUACAUAGUUUACAGCAUGUCGGGCAAGGCAACUCGUUAUUUUGACACUAUCGUCGUCGGAUGUGGAGGAAUCGGCAGCGCCGCAGUGUACUGGUUGUCAAAGACAUCGUCCUCAGUUCUGGGUUUGGAACAAUUUGAACUUGGGCAUGGAAGAGGCGGUUCAGAUGAUGUUUCCCGAGUUAUUCGCUAUGGUUACCACGACGAGGUAUACAGUCGCCUUGUUCCUCAUGCCUACAGCGCAUGGGAAACCCUGGAACGAGAAAGUGGUUUAAAAAUCAUUCACAAAACUGGAGGUUUGCAGCUGGCGAGGAAGGGUGAAGGUGACCACGUGCUGGAGACGUACAUGGCGGCGAUGACCAGAGACAACGUCAAGUUUGAUCGCCUGACAAGUACGGAGUUGAUGCGGCGCUUUCCUCAGUUCAAUCUGGAGUCAAACGUUGUGGGGUUUUACGUGGACCAUUCUGGGAUAGUAGACGCCGCUAUGGCUAAUGCAGCCCACAUACAGUUAGCCAGGGGGAAUGGGGCAACUGUCAUAGACAGGUGCCCCGUCACUAGGCUUCACAGGGCUAAUAGCGGUAACAUCAUGGUCCACACAACGAAGGGCGUGUUCGAGUGCCGGAAGGUGGUGGUGACGUCUGGGGGGUGGCUCAACUCGGUUCUGGGGACGAUCGGCGUCCACGUCCCCGUCACAGUCACACAGGAACAGGCGACGUUCUACGCCACGCCGCACAUGAAGCUGUUCACAAAAGACAGGUUUCCAGUGUGGUGUUUCCACGGGUCCCGUUACGACAUUUACACCCUCCCUAUCCACGGCAACACAGGCACCAAGGUCGGCAUCGACGCUGGAGGUCACGCGGUCACCGCCGACACCAGGACGUUUGAUCCCGAUCCAGUGCGAGAAAAGGCUUGCACUGAUCUCGUCAACGAGAUUUGUCCUAAGUUUGCUGGACCGAUCCUUAACACCAGGACCUGCCUCUACACUAUGCCUCCAGAUAGGAACUUCGUGGUCGACACAUGCGCAUACAAGGGCUGGUCUGACGUCAUCGUUUGUUGUGGAGCUGGGCAUGCGUACAAGUUUGCAGGAAUUCUUGGUAAGAUCCUGAGCGAACUCGCCAUUGACGGCCGAACCCAGUAUGACAUCAGUCGAUUCAACAUCACCAGAGACGCCAUUCAGGACCCCACCUUUAAACCAACGUUUUUCAUGGGCAGUGGAAUAGAGGCGAAACUAUAAGCGCAAGCGAAAGUUUCGUACACUAUCAAGAGCCAAAGUGGCCGAUGUGUUUACUUUAAUGCGAUAUUAUUCACACAUCAAAUCAGUAUUAAUAUACAGAGUUAUCGGAUGUUCGAGUGAUUCAAAGUCAAUACGUUCCUUUAACUCAUUAUCUUGGAACUAUAACCUUUCCCGACCCCCUGGUAUCAUCACUAUAGUGUUUCAUAAAUAGUUACUGUGAAUGUGGACACGAUUUUACCGCUUAUAUUUAUACAUAGCGGUCCAACAGGUUUGAUUAAUCGAAUGGCGGUGUUCAUCCGAGAAUAGUGACGAACUCAUGUACAGCACUCUACUACACAUAAUCAAUACUUAACGGGUGGGAAACACCUGAACUCUGGAUUACCACUUUAAACCGAUGUGGCACUCAUAAUGACGUGACAAAGAGAUAUAUGUAUGCAUCAUAAAUAUUUGAAUAAAUAUUGAAAUAGA